AUGGAUGGCCAGUCGAGCGAUACAAGGAAGGUCACCUUUCAAACCAACUGUCACGAGCCUACCACAGCGGAGGAGAGAAAGACUGUGCACACAGUGUACAAGAAGUCUGGCAAGUCUGGACCACGACGUAGAACAAAGAAGAAGCACCAACCUCCAACCGAGGAGAAGUUGGAGAAGAGGAAAGAGCGAAAGAAAAGAAUCCGGGCCAGGAAAGUGAAGAAGGAAAGAGCGAGGGAGAACAGGAAUGAGCUGAGAGAGCAGUUGAAGGCAAAGCUGGCGAAGGUGGAAGGAAUGAUCGAGCGGAUGAAGAAGGAAAUGGAAGCUGAGCAAAAAUAG